CCCUUCACUCCAUGGCAUCUGGAUGGACUGCUUUCGUCGGAAAUUGGGAUUGAUUCCCAUUUCACUUGCUUCGAGGGCAACCAGAGCCCCUUGGAAGCCUAGAGCACGUCUCGCACCCUUGCGUUUCAAGUCCGCGGUAGCUUCCGCAGAUGAAGCACUUCCCGCAGCACCUCUCGAACCGCCGGGGAUUGUCCUUCGGGAAUACCAGGAGGAAUGUAUCCAGUCCGUACUGGAUCAUCUGAGCCAAGGUCAUAAGCGCCUAGGGAUCUCACUAGCCACAGGUGCUGGAAAAACGGUUAUUUUCACACAGCUGAUCGGACGCAUUCCCCCUCGCGAUGGCAAGAACGACAAAGCGCUGAUCCUCGUACAUCGAAGGGAGCUGGUCGAACAAGCUGCCCGGCAUUGUCGACUUGCCUACCCCGACCGGACCGUUGAAAUUGAGAUGGGGAAUACUGUGGCGACGGGACAUGGGGACAUCAUUAUCGCGUCGGUGCGGAGUCUCACCUCGAAGGACCGGAUCGAGAAAUUCAACCCGGCUCACUUCAAGCUAGUCCUGGUGGACGAGGCGCAUCAUAUUGUCGCGCCCACUUACCGAACUGUCUUGGCUCACUUCGGCCUCAACGAGGCGUCAUCCAACUCUCCUGUCCUUGUCGGGGUGUCGGCUACGUUUUCGCGUUUCGAUGGCCUCAAGCUGGGCGCUGCGAUCGACCACAUAGUGUAUCAUAAGGAUUACAUGGACAUGAUCGACGAGAAAUGGCUCUCUAAUGCCGUUUUCACAACUGUUCGCUCGGAAGCCGACCUGACGAAAGUCAGGAAAGACAAAUUUGGUGAUUUCGCCGUCGGCGCCCUCUCCGAAGCAGUCAACACGGAUAAAACCAAUGAUAUCACCGUGAGAGCAUGGCUAGCCAAUGCAGAAGGCCGUAAGUCUACUUUGGUGUUCUGCGUUGACUUGGCGCAUACCAAAGAGCUCACCGCGAAGUUCCGGAGCUUGGGCAUCGAUGCACGGUACAUCACGUCGCAGACCCCCAAGGAUAUACGCGAUGAGCAGUUAAACAGUUUCAAAAACCUGGAGUACCCAGUUCUCCUGAACUGUGGACUCUUCACAGAAGGCACAGAUAUACCCAAUAUCGAUUGCGUAGUGCUUGCAAGGCCAACCCGCUCUCGGAACCUGCUGAUCCAAAUGAUUGGAAGAGGGCUGCGAUUGUUCCCCGGCAAGAAGGACUGCCACAUAAUCGAUAUGGUAGCAACAUUGGAAACUGGCGUCAUCUCCACACCAACGCUUUUUGGACUCCACCCCGACGAGUUGUUGGAGAAGACAACAAUGAAGGACCUCAAAGACAAGAAGGAAGACGAAACUCAUCACCAAGAAAAACCUGGCUCCGAGCUCCCUGCAUCUUACGCCGAGGACCCUGCUCAAGCUGGCGAUAUCAAGCUCACCUUCACCAAGUAUGACACGAUCUACGACCUCAUCGGCGACAUGAGAUCCGACAAACAUAUCCGCUCCUUGAGCCGCUACGCCUGGGUCCGAGUAGACGAGCAUAAAUACAUCCUCUCCGGAUCAAUGGGAUGGCUCACGAUUGCCCGAGAAUCGAAGAGCCCAGAGGAGCGUGAGGGACCGGAAUAUCACUGGACUGUCCACCACGUUAUGCAGUACGGCUCAUCACUCAAGACGAAGAAAUUUGCUCGACCUCGUCUCAUCGCCACCACCGAGGGCUUCGAAGCGGCUAUCCGCGCCGCGGACACAUUCGCCGCCGCCGAAUUCGAGGAGCGAUACAUUUCUGCUCGGCAGCCAUGGCGCCAGCAACCAGCCACACCAGCCCAGGUCGAGAGGCUCAACAAAGCCAAGAUCCGCGAUGGGAAAAUCCAAGCCACGGAUAUGACGCGAGGGCAGGCGGCGGAUAUUAUCACGAAGCUGAGGCAUGGUGGCAAGAAGCGGUUCGCCCGCCAAAUGAAGGAACGACAGGCCGUAGUAAAUAGGGCCCGAGCAGUUGAAGACCUGAAACGAAGGACGGAGGUGAAGGUCGGGCCCCUGGAGAACUAGCAUUAUUCUGUAACUUGUACAUUAGCAAGAAUUCCCCCUCCGCAGACAACAUUCACCAAAAUCUCGAGCCUAUCCCUUCGGUUGCCCCCCGCUGUAUAUGACCGAAGUC